CGUUCAUCGCGAGAAGACGAGUGUUAAAUUUCUUUCUUUUCUUUUUUUUUUUCUUAUUUUUAAGAAAGAAAGAUAUAAAACCUUUACCAAUUCCUUCACGCAAAUAAGUGUUUGUUUCCACAAAUACUGAUGGACAACGAUGAGGACAGCUUCAGCGACGAAUUUGAUGACGAACUUCAACUAGAUGAUGAUCUACUUAUUGCUGAUGAUGAAAUAUCACCUCGCAGAAUGUCUAGGAGUCUAAUACCUGAGGAAAUAGAAGAUGAAGUUGUAGGUGUCGCAGUUUUCACGGACGAGUUCAGGAGUCGCUAUGGUAGAUGUGUGCCCCUUUUUUACCAGGGCUCGUUCAGCGAAGCCCUGAAUCACUCCGUUUUGCUUCCUGCAAUGGAUAAGAUGCUGUUGGCUGUGUAUUUGCACCACGGUGGCAGCAUCCAAUCCAACAUAUUCAACUCACAGGUGCUGUGCAACGAGACUGUGGUGGAAUUUCUGGCAGUAAACUUCGUGCUCUGGGGUUGGGACCUGACUCAUAAGAAAAACAAAGACACAGUGAUGAAGCUAUUCGUUCAAUGCCGGAUCAUUAACAAUGAAAUUGUGGAAGAUUUAAGCAUGGAGAAGUUGCCGGCACUCUUGAUCAUAAACCUCAAUAUAAAAGAACAUAUUGAAAUCAUCGCUACCAUGUAUGGCAACAAUACAGUAGAUGAGGUGAUGGACGUGAUGCUACGUGAAAGCAAGAAGUUUGAAGAGCAACGUUCCAGGAUGAAUGUUUCGCUUUGAUGGACCUUCAUGUGAAUCAAUCCAUGCGGCAGGGCAGUAUCUUUGUUAAUACUUAUAAUG